AUGGAAGGAGUAAAUCAAACCAUGGUGACUGGGUUCAUCUUUGUUGGGUUAACAGAGAAUCCACAGCUCCAACUGUACCUAUUUCUCAUCUUCCUAGGAGUCUAUUUGGUUGCUGUUGUGGGAAACCUGGACAUGAUCAUUUUGAUUCUGGUUAGUUUUCAGCUGCACACAUCCAUAUAUUAUCUACUCAACAGUAUGUCCUUUAUUGACGGUUGUCAGUCCACUGUCAUUACUCCAAAAAUACUGGUGAACUUUGUGACACAGAAGAAUGUCAUCCCCUACCCAGAUUAUGUGACUCAGCUCUACUUCUUCUGUGCCUUUGUUGUUGUCGAAUGUCACAUGUUGGCUGCAAUGGCAUAUGACCUUGAUGUGCCUAUUUCUAACCCUUUGCUUUACAAUGUAACCAUGUCUUGUCAAGUAUGUUUUUGGACUGUAGUAGGGAUAUAUUGUUUGAGCUUACUAAGUGCCACAGUUUACACUGUCUUCCUGGUAAGAUUGCUUUUCUGUAAUGCUAAUAUAAUAAACCAUUACUUCUGUGAUCUUUUCCCAUUACUGGAGUUCUCUUGCUCUAGCACUUUUAUCAAUGAAAUACUGUUCUUCUAUACAUUUAACAUUGUUCUACCAGAUGUGACCAAUCUUAAUUCUUACAUCUUCAUCAUUGUCAGCAUCCUCCACAUUCAAUCCACUGGGGGAAGGUCCAAGGCCUUCAGCACCUACAGCUCCCACAUCUUGACUGUUGCUGUCUUCUAUGGUUCUACAGCUUUCAUGUACCUUCAACCAUCAUCAGCCAGCUCUCUGGGCCAAAGUAAAUUUUUGUCUGUGUUUUAUACUUUUGUUUUUCCUGUGUUAAUCCCUUGA